GCGAGAAGGCGAGCGGGACAGGGGUGCUCCCCCCGCGGGGCGGUGGGUGGCACAGCCCGGCCGCCCCGCGCAGCCGAACCCGGAAGGUGGCGGCGCACAUGGGCGCGGGGCCCGGGCCCGGCCUCGGCACCGGCACCGGCACCGGCACCGGGAUCGGGAUAGGGAACGGGGCGGGAGGAGCCGCCGGGGCGCUGGGCGCUGCCGUGGCUGCUCUCUACACGGCCACGCUGCCGCCCGCCCUGCCCGGCGGGGAUGCGGGGGAGCUGAUCACAGCCGCAUAUGAGCUUGGAGUCGCCCACCCUCCCGGCUACCCCCUGUUCACGCUGCUGGCCAAAGUGGCCACGGAGCUGCCCGGCGGCUCCCCCGCCUUCCGAGUCAAUCUCCUCUGCGGCUUGCUGGGAGCAGCUGCUGCCUCUUUGCUUUUUUGCACGGUUUUCAGGCUUUCUGGCUCAUAUGCUGGAGGAAUCCUUGCUGCGGGGGUGUUUUCAUUUUCUCGUCUAACAUGGCAGUGGUCCAUCACGGCGGAGGUUUUCAGCUUAAACAAUCUGUUUGUGGGGCUGCUGAUGGCUCUCACUGCUCAUUUUGAGGAGGCAUCCACUGCAAAAGAGAGAUCAAAGAUCUCUAAAUUGGGUGCCUUUUGCUGUGGGCUCAGUCUGUGCAAUCAGCACACCAUAGUGCUUUACGUUGCUUGUGUUGUGCCCUGGGUUCUCUCACGGCUUUUCAGAAAGAGGGAAUUGUCCCUAGGCCAUUUGCUGAAGUUGGGUUUAUGCUUCUUGGCUGGUUUGCUGCCUUAUCUCUAUCUGCCGGCUUCGUCCUACCUCAAUCGAGCCCGCUGGACAUGGGGAGACCAGACGACUUUUCAAGGAUUUUUGACCCACUUUCUGAGGGAAGAAUAUGGGACAUUCAAUCUGGCCAAGUCCGAGACAGGAUCCAGUAUGGGGGAGAUGCUGCUUUUCCAGCUGGCACAGAUGAGGUCAGAGCUCUCCCUUCCUGUCCUUGCCCUGGCACUGGUGGCCUGCGUGAGCACAGCACUGCCGAAAAAGCAGCAGAAAUCACCCGUGAUCUGGCUCUUCACUGGAAUGCUCUGCCUUUAUUCCCUUUUCUUCGCUUGGAGAGCAAAUUUGGAUGUUACAAAGCCUCUGUUUCUAGGUGUGGUGGAGCGGUUCUGGCUGCAGAGCAGUGCUGUGGUGGCUGUGCUGGCAGGGCUGGGGCUGGCCACACUGGCCAGCCUUGGCAGGGGCACUGUGCUGGAGGGCACCUGGCUGCUGCCAUGCCUGCAGUGGCUUCCUGCUCUUGCUCUCGUUGCUUCUCAGCUUUGGGCAAAUUACAGCACUUGUGAUCAGAGCAACAACUACGUUGUUGAUAAGUUUGCAAGGAACGUGCUGUCCUCCAUGCCAGUGGGAGCAGUGAUCCUGCUAAGAGGAGACUUGCCUGGGAAUGCUCUUCGUUACCUUCAUUACUGUGAGGGGAUGAGGCCAGAUAUCACCUUAGUGGACCAGGAGAUGAUGACUUACGAAUGGUAUUUACCCAAGCUGGCAAAGCAUUUACCUGGCGUUUAUUUUCCCGGGAACCGGUGGAAUCCUGUGGAAGGAGUAUUACCCGACGGGACGCUCGCCUUUAAUCUCCAUCGUUUCCUCAAAGUAAAUAAACAUAAGGAAGUGUUUGUCUGCAUAGGUCUUCACGAAGGGGACUCAACCUGGAGAAGGAGCCACUCGCUCUGGCCCUGGGGGACGUGUGAAAAGCUGGUUCCUUCUGGAGCUGUGUUUGACCCAGGAGAGUGGAUUCGUCUCACGAGGAAUCUCUAUAACUGGACUGAAGACUAUGGCAGUUUCAGCCCCUCUUCCUGGGAAGCUGUCGCCAACGAGGAGAUGUGGCAAGCCAGGAUGAAAACAGCUUUCUUCAUCUUUGACCUCGCAGAAACGGCCAGUGUGACUGCAGAAAUGAAAGCACAACUUUACACAUUUGCAUACACUUCAUACAAAGAAAUUGUCAACUCCCAUCCCCAUCACCCGGUGAACUGGCACAAAAACUACGCCAUCGCCUGCGAGAGGAUGCUGCGCCUCGGCCGGGGGGACGUGGAUCCCGAAACGCUGCUCUCCCAGACUGUGAAACAUUUCCUGCUCUACACCGAGAAGGCAGAGGAUGAUCCCCAGCGCCAGGACAUCCUGCAGGCUGUGCAGCACCUCAGGGAAGAGCUGCAGGGAAUGAGGAGAAGGAAAGCGGAGCUGAGGCGCAAGGCUGGGUAGCUCCUGGUCCUGCUGAAAUGCUGAAGUCGGGACUUAAAAUCUGAAUUAGUCCUUGGCAGCGUGAGAGUGGUUUCAAAAGGUGACAGAAAUGGCAGCAGAGAGGAAAUCUAGUGUGAUCCCCUCUGCAGGAAUAUACUGAUGUUUGAUUUCUGUUGCCAAAUGGACUUUUUUUGGGGUAGGGGAGAAGCUCACCACUAAAUAAAAUACUGAGUUUCAAAAAAGAGAGUUUUCUUUUACAAGAAAACUAUGAGCUUGUACUGUGAAUAAAUAUAUAUUUUUUUUUAUGAAUGCAGCAUCCAUUCUAGAUGUAAAAAUGUAUUUAGCAUUUUAUUGUUUCCUUUGUUGCUGAGCCAAGAGGUUUCCUAAAGCCAUUUUUCAUUA